AUGAAUCCUGAGAGAAGAAGCAUAUUUCAGUUCAAAUACAAGAAAGUGGACCUUGUUAGCCUGCAGAUGUUGAGUGUUAAAGUGACACCACUCAAACUCACUGACUUCAUGAAAGAUUAUGGAAGAAUUUUGAGCAUCUUGAAUGAGAAGAUGGGCAUGAUGACUGAUUUGGCUCCUACCUUGGAAGAAUUCGAGAGGAUUGUAGGCCGAAAUCCAUUUCCUAGGUUUGAUAAAGGUAUUCAUCCUAAGAGGAUAGCUUCAGCUUUGGGCUUGGAUGUUUCUGAGGUUGUAGCAAAUUGGGAUGUGAAAGGAAUCUUUAGUGGUUUUUCUAGAGAGUUCUUGGAAGAUCAAGUUAUGAAGAUGAAGAAGACUGGUAAUUGGAAAGCUUUCUAUGAUGUGCUAGUUGUGUUGGUAUAUGGGAUAGUUCUCUUCCCAAAUAUUGACCAUUCUGUGGACCACUUAGCUGUGAGGAUUUUCUUGUUUGGUAAUCAUGUACCAUUUCUCCUAGCUGACCUUCAUUAUGCUCUCCAUGAGCGACAUGAGAAGAAGGGAGGAACUCUCUUGUUUUGUGCACAGUUAUUACAUGCUUGGUUCAGAUCUCACAUGCCCGAAGAAGGCCCUUUUGUAUCCAAGGAUCUUAAGCCAUCUCAAAAGUUAGAUUCCCUCACCUCCGGUCAUGUUAAGUGGUACAUAAGGGAGUGGGAAACUAAGGAUAUUAUUGUUAGUAUUGGCUUUAUCUGGAGGAAGAGCUUGAACAAUGUAUCUCGCAGGAAGGUGAUAAAAGAAAAAAUAGGUGGAUAUCCCUCAAAUGAGUAG